AUGAUUCGUAAGCCAGCAGAGAGGUUGUCUCUGUGGAUACGCAGCAGGUGGCGCUGCACCGUCCUGACCUUUGACCUCCAUCCAUGGCGCAGGCACGCUGCGGCGGACCGAUGGGACGCCUGGUUGGGGCUGCACGCGCAGGGCCAGAGCAACCAGUGGACGGAGCAGCGGAAGGUGAAGCGGAUCGUGGUCCACCCGGACUACGACCGGGUCAGCCUGGACGGCGACAUCGCCCUGAUGGAGCUGGAACCGGACCUGAUUCUGAACCAGAACAUCUGGCCCGUCUGCCUGCCGUCUGCCGCACACCACUUCCCGGCCGGCCAGGAGGCCUGGAUCACCGGCUGGGGCGCCACGGUGGAGGGAGGUGAGGCGCUUCUGCUCCGGACCGGUUCUACUGGUUUAUUCUGUGAAGGGUCAAAGUUCACGGAGACGCAAAACAACGCUGCUGUUCUCUACGUUCCCCAGGCUACCCGACACUUACCAACUAAAACAUCUGAAUCAGGUUUUCCUGUCAGUUCUUCUCUUCAGGUCAUCAGAAUUUUAAAUCUCUUCUCACUGAAAGUGAGCAAACUAUUUACAGUCUGCAGCUCUAAAACCCUCAGUAUUAUUCAACCGUCUGAUCUCCAUGGCGAAAUAAAAUCCUGUCAAUAAUUCUUACAUUUUCCAGAUUCCAUCAUGUAAAUGUAUUCAUUACAUCGACCCAGUCUUCCCUUUUAGGAGCUUCCCAGGGCGCAGGAACAAGUUUACCAUCGGGGGAAACGUAUCGGAAACCUGACAGAUCCGUAAAUAGCCUGAGCAAAA